AUGUGUAGGGCAUUCCCGACGACGCUGAAGGGCCCUGCGAGGGUUUGGUUCAGUAGAUUGACACCAAGCUCCAUUAACACUUUCAAAGAGUUGAGCGCCCAAUUCACCUCGCACUUCAUAGGCGGACAUCGGUACAAAAAGUCUACCGCAUGCUUAAUGAGCAUCAAGCAGCGAGAAGACGAGAUGCUGUGGGCCUACAUAACUCGUUUCAACAAGGAAGCCCUUUCAAUUGACGAAACUGACGAUAAGAUACUCGUAGCUGCAUUCACUAACGGGCUGCGGAAGGGUAAGUUUUUGUUUUCUUUAUACAAGAAUGACCCAAAGACCAUGAUGAACGUGCUCUAUAGAGCCACCAAAUACAUGAACGCAGAAGAUGCAUUACUAGCCCGCGAAGAGAAACCUAAGAAGAGGGAGAGACAGGAGGACACACGACAGGAUAGGGGGCGAAAGGUUGCUAGAACUGGAGAUCAACAAGAUGAAAGGUGCCCUAGACCCCCCACUGGAAAGUUCACCAAUUUCACCCCAUUAACCGCCCUGAUAGAUCAAGUCUUGAUGCAAAUCAAAGAUGAAGGAGCACUGACGUUCCCUGGUAAAUUAAAGGGAGAUCCCAACAAGAGGCCAAGGGACAAGUAUUGUCACUUUCACCGAGACCACAGGCACGACAUAGCCAACUGCUACGACAUGAAACAGCAGAUUGAGGCUCUUAUCAGACAAGGGAAAGCUACAGAGGUUCGUCAGCAAGGAGAGAACCGAUCAGCCACAGGAACAGGCCCCACGACGGGAGAACGAGCGACCUAG